AUGAUAGGAUUUACGAGCUGGGAUCUUUGCCUCCGUUUUUUGCUUGUUUUCGCCGGGGAAGUAGCGCCGAUUGAGCAUCGGUGGAACCAGCAUGGUCUCGGUGGAGAUAACGUGAGGGGGAGCUGUAGAGAUUUGCAUCCCGGUCCGGUUAGCUUGUUGCAUUGGUCUGGGAGUGGUAAACCGUGGUUCCGGUUAGAUUCGAGACGACCUUGUCCACUUGAUUCUCUUUGGGCACCUUAUGAUUUGUCUGGACAUUCGUUUCUCUGUUACAUCUGGGGGUUUAUAGUCUCAGCUUCGUGGCUUGUGGAUCACAUGGUGGAGCUUGGGUUUUCAAGAUCAUUAUCUGAGUUGAUUGGCAGCAAUCUCAAGAGAUCUGGAGACUCAGAGACAUGGGCAUUUAACCUGGAUUGA